UCUCGGCGCGCACGACCCGUUCUGUCCAAUAUGGCGGCGCCCGGUGGAGAACUGAACUGUGAGGACUUUUCAAUGUUUCAGGAAGUAAUAAAAGUAAUGCGCACCAUUGACGACAGAAUUGUCCAUGCCCUUAAUACCACUGUGCCCACUGCAUCCUUCUCUGGCAAAGUGGAUGCCACACAGACCUGCAAAGAUCUUUACAAGUCUCUCAUGGAGGCUCAUCUUUCCAGAGAUAAAGCAAUAAAAGCAUGUAUUACAGAGACCUCAGCUGUCGUCGGGCAGUUACGUGAAGAGAGGGCAAAGGAUAGUGACAAUUUGUCAAUUAUCAAGCAACUCAGGAAAGAGCAAACUAAGUUAAAAUUCAUGCAGUCAGAGCUAAAUGUUGAAGAAGUGGUCAAUGACCGUAGUCUGAAGGUUUUCAAAGAACGGUGCCGAAUUCACUACACCCAUCCCAAGAUCAAGUGAAUGUUAGUUCUGUUCUGUCAAGAGAAGUCAAAAAUUCACUCAGCUGUUGAGGACAACACCUGGAGCUGAGCCGAGGCAAUGGCCCACCCAAGCAUCACUGUCGCUUGCCCCACAAAACCUCUCCCCUCCAGUCUCCUCUGUGGCUUUGUGUUUCUACAGUGAAGGAACACUACUGUUAUCCAAGUCUUGUAUACCUUUUCAUAAAAAUAUUGUACAAAACAGAUUUUAUAAACUUCAAAAUUUUUUCCAAUA